AUGCCACCGAAAAUGGGGAGCAACCCCGUCGACAGUUACCGAAAGGCGCAGAAGAAGCAGGAUAUAAAGAAGGGCAAGGAAGGCAAGAGCGACAAGGCGGACAAGAACGCAAAACUCGCGUACAAGGACACGUUCCUGCUUGAGAUUGAGAUAAAAUCGCUAGAAGAGCGCAGUGGGCGGGAGGAAUUGGACAAAAACUUAAGUGCCCACUUCACCCAGCUAAAGGAGGAACUCGAGCAAAUCACCAAAGCCAAGGCGGCAUUCGUAGAGGAGCAUCCCGAGAAGAAGUCAGACGUGUACAGGAACCUCUCCGCCCCUUCCGCUCAGGCGCAGGCAGCACUGGCUCGUCGCCGCGAUGAAAAACCUAAACAGCGCACAGGCGCACUCGAUAAGAAGGGCUUCCCGCUGCAUCCUGCAAGGAGUGUCUACUACGACGCCACUUACAAUCCAACUGGCGUACCUCCACCGGGUAUGCCAUACGCCGAGCGAGAGGAAGAGAGUGGCAGUGGGAGUGAGAGCGGCAGCGACGACAUUCCUAUGCCGACAGCUCCUAGGCCUAGUGGCAGCCAAAAUGAGGUGGUUGAUGAUAGCGAUAGCGAUAACGAUAGCGAUAACGAUAGCGAUCUUGAUGAUAUUCCUAUGCCAGCUGGUCCACCACCGAACGCGGCGAUACACACACACACACAAACAGUCACACACCCACAACCCACCACAGAAAUCACCGAGGAUGAGCGCAGAAAGGCCGCUGAGAAGGCUACUAUAUCCUCCGCUCCACAGAUGCGCGAUCUCCAGAAAGAAAGCGCGAUGCUGCUGCCUGCUCAGCUCGUGCGCAAGAAGAAAUAG